AUGAAAGGUAAGGAAGGACUGCAGCUUUCCCGAGUGGAAGAGGUUCAAUUCAAUAGUUCCGACUCGACUUUGAAGCCCGACCGGUAUGGGAAGGUUCUAAACCCGCUAGAGGAAGCGCGCUAUCUAAUCACUGGUACAGGUUCUAGAGUUUUCCCAGGUGAAAGAGUGACCCUGCCUGGUGCUAUUUUAAGUAAGCAAGUAAGGCAGCCAAAGGGAAAGGACUUGAGAAAGGAAGUCCCAUCUAGUGCUAGAUCUAUCGGCCGCUCAUCAAAGAUCGGGAGAAUCCAACAGUGUGAUGGGCCAUGCCCUACCACCUUCACUACGUUACUUUGCUCCUUCUCCAUUAGUGGAAAGACAACCCAUUUGAAGGUUGAGAUCGUUAUAAGCUUAUCUCUUCGCAUCGGGCCUGAGACUAGGGCUGUAAGAAGGGCCCCUCCUCCUGGCUUCAAUCAGCCCCAUACUGAUUCAAGGGCUAUGCAUCGAAAUGAGGGAAAUGGCUAUUCCGGAUUCGACGUCUUGCUUCGACGUUUUGGAGGAAGGGCUGUUAGGGCAAGGGCUUCAGUUAAAUUAGCUUUCCCCAGCCUCGUUCGGCUAAGCCGGAAAGAGUUAUCUCACUGGCUGAACGAAAUAAGGAGCAAAAGCCGGAUCUUCGAACUUAAGAGCAGAGAAAACCUACUUCCUUCAGUACGGGAAAGAGUUGCUCUUUCUGCUUUAGGUGCAGCCAGUAAGGGCCUUAGCAAUAAGAUUAGGAAUGGGCCUAAGCGCAGGAAGGGAGCAGGGAGAAGCAGCGGGGAGAAAGAAAUCGUCUUGAGGUAG